GUGCGGCCGCACAUAAAAAGGACCAGCAGGUGGACGACGUCUGUGUCUGUCUGUCUGUGGAUCUACUACUCUCCAGCUCACAGAUCAUCUGAAGUUCAAAAAUGUACCCACACAACCAAGGAAACCAGUACCCUGGCUAUCCUCAACAGCCAGGGGGUUACCCUCAACACCCUCCAGGCGGUGUCCCACCAACCUGCCCUCCUGGACCCCACGGUCCACAGGGAGGAUACCCCGGAUACGGGCCUGGGCCUGGCUGUGGACAAGGUCAGGGCCAUGGCCACGGCCACGGUCACGGCCACGGCCACAGUCACGGCCACGGCCACGGCCACGAUCACGGUCACGGCCACGGCCACGGUCACGAUCACGGUCAUGGCCCCUGUCAUCAGGGCCACGGACAACACGGCUUCAAGCACAAGCACAAGCAUGGUCACAAGCAUGGCAAGUGCCACAAGAAAGGAAAGAACUGUCACGGGUCCUCUAGCAGCUCCUGCAGCAGUGACUCGGACUAGAGAAGAUUCCUGGAGGGAAAUGGAAAAACCUUCGUCCUCCUGUCAUGCAUGAGAAAUACAUUUCACUGCCUAUUAAACAUUUCUUCACACAA